GGCAAACCCACAUUAACAUUAAAUUCAUAUACAUGGAAAAGACGUAGCAGAAUUGAUAUGAAUGGAAACACACAUCUAUAAAUCCAUUCAAACAAGCUUACACAGAGAUCUAUCAGUACUCAAACCCAAUAAAUUUAGCAAAAAAAAAUGGAACUUACUUGGUUAUGGCUUACGUUUGUGGCCAUUUUAGCUGUUUCUUUGGCUUCGUUGGCUACGAGGACGAAGAAGAAGCUGCCUCCAGGUCCAAAAGGGAUCCCUAUUCUGGGAAAUCUACACAUGCUGGGGAAGAAUCCUCACCACGAUCUGCAAAGGAUUGCCAAAGACCACGGCCCCAUUAUGUACAUGCGAUUUGGGUUCGUUCCAAACAUCAUCGUUUCAUCUCCUGAGGCAGCUGAGCUUUUCCUCAAGACACACGAUCUUGUUUUUGCCAGCAGACCACCUCAUCAGGCUUCUAAGUAUCUCUCAUGGGAUCAGAGGAAUCUUGCAUUCGGGGCUUAUGGUCUGUAUUGGCGCAACAUGCGCAAGCUAUGCACCUUGGAGCUGCUCAGCACCCUUAAGAUCAAUUCUUUCCGGCCUAUGAGAAGGGAAGAGCUUGCUCAUUUCGUUGAAUCUCUCAAGGAAGCAUCCCGACAACAUGUUGCUGUCGAUCUUAGUGCCAAGGUCGCAUCCCUGAUCGGAGAGAUGAGCUGCAGAAUGGUGUUCGGUAAGAAAUAUGACGACAAAGACAUAGAUGACAGAGGCUUCAAAGCGGUGAUCCAAGAAGUAAUGAAACUAACAGCGGCUCCCAAUUUGGGUGAUUACUUUCCUUUCCUCGGAGUCUUGGAUCUGCAAGGGCUGACAAGGAGGAUGAAGGUAAUUGCAAAAGUUUUUGAUGUUUUCUUUGAGAAAGUUAUAGAAGACCAUGUUCGAGCAGGGGAUCGUCCUGAGCAGUCCAAAGAUAUUGUUGAUACCAUGAUGUCGAUAAUGCAAAGUGGAGAAGCUGAAUUUCAGUUCGACAGACGUAAUAUCAAGGCCAUGAUGCUGGACUUGCUCGUAGCUUCAAUGGACACAGCAGCAGCAUCGGUUGAGUGGAUACUCUCCGAACUGUUGAGAAAUCCAACAGUUAUGAAGAAGCUACAGAAAGAGUUGGAACAAGUGGUGGGAUUGAAGAGGAUGGUUGAGGAGUCUGACCUGGACCAACUCGAAUAUCUCGACAUGGUUGUAAAGGAAAGCUUUAGGCUGCAUCCAGUGGCUCCGCUGUUGAUUCCUCACUAUUCUAGGGAAGACAGCAAGGUUAAUGGCUACGACAUACCAAAAGACUCAAGAAUACUCGUCAACACUUAUGCAAUUGGGCGCGAUCCAAAUGUAUGGAGUGAUCCAGAAAUGUUCAUUCCGGAGAGGUUCACCAGCAGUGACAUUGAUGUUAGGGGACAACAUUUCCAGCUCCUCCCAUUUGGCGCUGGGAGGAGAGGUUGCCCCGGAAUCCAACUGGGCUUCAUCCAAGUUCGACUGAUCGUGUCACAGUUAGUCCACUGCUUCGAUUGGCAGCUUCCAAAUGAUAUGACGCCAAAGGAGCUGGACAUGGAUGAGGAGUUUGGCCUUGUUGUUUCAAGGGUCAAUCAUCUCAUGGCAAUCCCCACGAUUCGGUUGCAGAACUAGCUUUUUAAGCAAACUUUUAUGAUUUUGAUUCCUGAAAACAAUCUACAUAGAAGCAAAGCAAGACAAGCUAAUAAGUACUCAAAGCCAGGCUAUGAGAUAUCAAAAUUAUUUCAAGUCAUGUUCGAUUGUUGCAUAGUUGUUCAGUUGAAAUAUGAAAUCAUUAAUUAUUUAAUUA